CCUCCGUCUGAGAAUAUAGUUAGAACUACCGCACUAGCACCAAAGCCUGAAGUACAACACCUCUCACUUGCUUAUCCAUGGCGUCCUCCUUCGUUACCUUAUCAAGACCCUUCGCUUCUCACACACCGAAUUCCCACUCUCUCUCCCACACUCCAUCAGUUGGGGGAUUUUCUGUAGGUCUAAAACGGAGGUCCUUGAAAUUGAAUGCGAUUUCCACGAAAUACGAACCUACUAAGGUUGUGCCACAAUCCGAUAGAGUUCUAAUUCGUCUCGAGGUUCUACCCGAGAAAUCGGCCGGGGGAGUUUUGCUGCCAAAGUCUGCAGUUAAAUUUGAGCGGUAUCUCGUAGGAGAGGUUGUCUCUGUUGGCACCGAGGCCAAGGAAGUGGAGACUGGAAAGAAGGUUCUUUUCUCCGACAUAAAUGCGUAUGAGAUUGACUUGGGAACAGAGGACCGGCAUUGUUUCUGCAAAGCAAGUGACUUGCUGGCCGUGGUCGAGUAGAUGCUGCUUACUUCAAAAUCCCUUUAAGCUCAGCAGUGUUUUGUUGUUGUGUUCUAAAGCUAAAACAUGAUUUGUCACAAAUUUUGCUUAUUUGAGGAAGUGAUGGUGAAGAUGUAGUUUUGCAUGUUUCUGUUAUGAAAUUUGAUAGUUCUGCCCAAUUUAUGUUAGUAUAUUCUUAUUACUAUUGUUCCUCUAUAUAUGAACAUACAGGCGUGCUCUUGUUUUUUCCA